AUGCCGUUAUUGCCAAAUUUCCGCCCCAAGCAUCAGAAGCUCAUCCUCCAAUGCUAUCCUUCCAAGAAACUUCCGCUCAAUGAGACAAAACCGAACAAUGCGGAGCUCAGCUAUCUCUUGUACUAUGCCUCGACCAGAAGAACCAAACUGGAAAAAGUGGCCAUUUUUCUCAACAAGAAGACCAGAUUGGACGUGUCUCACAAUCGCAUUGGUCAUAUCAAGGUGACCCUGUUUAUCUUACAGGAACUUAUCACCAAAUGUUCCGAUGACUUGGGAAUCAUGGCAGGUCAUAUUAUUGACAUUUUAUCCCAAGUUGUUCGAAUUAAAGAUCUGUCUACAUGCGAGCUAGCACUAUCAAUUUUCAGCAACUUUUGCAACAAAAUCCAGCAGAACCAGAAGCAGAUUUUGUCGAGCAGCGUAGAUUUGCUGAGGAGCUUUUUGCGUCUCGUUUCUAGCUUCAUUAGCCUCGGAGCUAACUCGCGCGAUUACGGAUGGUCCAAAAUAUCUUUGGACUCGACCACGGUUGUAUCUAGAUAUAUUGAUCCCAACGUGUGCAACUUUGAAAACGCAAAACUUAUUGAGAAGUCCAUCAAUGUGAUUCUGGACAAAACAGACAAGGGAGAUAAUUCUGUGCGGUUGAUGAAAACCUUGACGGGCCCCAACCACGGCAACGAAAAAAAAUCCAUCGAAGAACUUGCGAUCAACGCUUUGAAGUCAUUUUUUGACACCAAUGCAAAGAAGCAAGUGGAUUUGACCACAAAGGCGCUUGUUAAGUACGUAAUUGAGCAUCCAAGAGAAGUCAGCUGGUUUAAUAGACUCAUUGAAUCGUGCGCCAAAAAAACUCAUAUCGAGCUGAGAUACAGAAUUGUGUCCAUGUUUAUUCUGGAUCUGAACACGAGCAAAGACCCAGCGCAAAGAGAAACCAUUGCGUACUUGAUAUCAAAUCUCCUUUCGUCGCAGGACGUCAACAUGGUUGGAUUGCCGGUGAAGGAAAUACUGAGCGAUAUCCUAAGAUUUCAAAGAGAGGCCGUCAUUUCCAAACAUCCCACCUCGCUCAGCAAUGGUUACAUUGAGAUUGUUCGCAGCCUAGGAACUCACAUCUAUUACAAUGACCAAAUAAAUGAUAUGCUGGAGGAAGUCCAGAAAAUUUACUACCAGAUCAUGAACAUGAGCGAAAGCUUUACUCAAGCGUCCGAAUUUGUGGAGAUCUCGGAUAUUUACAUUUCUAACAUUAAAGGCAUUUUCCAGAGCGUGCAUGGAGACAGUCUUAUUGAUUAUAAAAGAUCUCCGUAUCGUGUCAGCAUAUUCAAUUUCUUGUUUUACACAAUAGAUUUCAAAAAUGUUCCGUCGUUUGUUAGUCCGGAAGCAAAGGUGGGAGUCCAAGUGAAGUGGUUCCAGCUGAUUGAUAACUUCUUCUCGUUUGAAGCCGACUCAAAACUGUUUUCUAGACCGAACUAUGAAAGCUGCAUCAGCAACAAAACGGACAAUGCUCUGCUGCUACUCCUCAAUUCAAUUGGAACCAUUGCAACCAAUUUAACUACUGAAUUAAAUGUUCAGAUCUACAAAACACUUAUACAACUGGUUCACACAAUGAAGACAAACUUUGUGGUGAACUACCUCAACUUUGUUUCGGAGUGGUUCGCUUCCCCGGAGGACUUCAAAUUUUCACUCAACUGGCUGGUACUUUCUGAAAUUGCUAGGGUGUAUGAUUUGCAGGAGCUGUCACAGAUCGCUGCCUCCAAAAUACAUGCCUUGGUUGCGUCGGGAUUGUGGUACAAAGAGUUUCCAGCCAUCACCGAAGAGGACACCUUCGUCAAAGAAACAGAUUUUGGCCUCUCCUCCCGAGAGCUCAUCACCCAGCUUACUGUAAACCCGGAACUCAAGACGUGGCUCUAUGCAGCCGGAUACGAGGAAGCUAGUCCCGAGAAACUACCCGUCGUUAUCAGAACGUCUCCCAAAAUGCUCCUCAGCCAAACCACCACCGCUACGGACUCGAUUCUCAACCACUCCUCGUCGUCCAUAGUGCUUCCAAACGACUCUCUGCCUCGUUCUGCUGCGGGAUCUAUCGGUAACGGCUCGCUCUUCCACUACUCCACUGCUCGCUCCAAGACAUCGUCCAAAAUGAAUUCGAACUCAACCCAUCUUAGAGACUUGCGCUCAAUCAUUUCUGGCAACAGUGCGGGCCCGUCAAGUAGAGAGAGCAUGUACAAAUACAGCAUGGUCAAGACAUCGGCUCCCAAUUUAGGGCCGAAGAAAAGUGGUCUUGCAUAUUGCAUCAGCGACUUGGACCUGAGUGACGACUCAGAGAACGAGUAUGCAGACGCUCAAGCAGUUCAGAACGGAAACGGUCCGCUCACUGCAUAG